AUGAAGAAGGUUUUCUUAGAUGUUCUCGAGAAAAGUAAAACCACACCGGAUGUUCCGAAGCUCGCACAGAUCUCAAAAGGACUCAUCAAGAAGAAAGAAAGGAUGCAUAUCAUCAACCCGCAUGUCGCAGAGUUGGGAUUGACGUUGACCAAAUCCGUUCCACGAUAUCCUCCGCUUCCAUAUCAACAGGAAGAUACCGGUGAUGUCCUCGGUCAUUGUUGGCUCCAGCUAAUGACACAACAAUACAAAUCUAAACCUGAUGAUGUCGACGCUGUUACGAAAGCGUUUGGUAAUUGGUUACUUCGCGAAGUCCAUGCCAAAUACAAUGAUCCAGGUAGAACUCUUACCUUGUACCAGGUCCUCAAUAAGAGAUUGAAAGUUGUCAGUAUAGCUAGACCGGGAUCACAAUUACCUCUUCCCAUCGCAUCUGCUUGGGCGGUGUUACGAAGUCAAACUGGACAAUUGGGUCCUUGUGGUCAUAAAUUCACAUACCCCCCGGAGGAAGACAUCAAGAAAUAUAUCAAUGACUCUGUUAGAUCCGGCAAAGCAACUGCUGAGCCUUACUCAGAAGCUAUACAAGGUCUUUUGUCGUCUGCGACCCAUACCACGCCCUUACCCCAGUCCAUCGACGAUCUGGAUUCUUUACUCGCCCGAUUCGUCGGCAAGAAAGAUUUCGCGGCUCUUGUGACAUUGUGGACUCGAUUUCGGGAACUCGUCCAACAUUCUGCAGAGCAUAAAGAUAAUUCUUCUGAAACGACACCAGAAUUAUUACGAGAUGACUUGAGAGAUCAAAUCCUCACUCGUUUUCUCCGGGUCUUCCUUCGUACCGUUCGAACUUACCGUGAAGAAACUAGGAGAGAUCUUAUUGAAGAAGUGAUGACCAUGGCACCUCGACCAUUACCUCGAUCCAUACAAUGUCUCCUUCUCGCACAUCGCGCUCAAGUUGACGACCUGACGGCUCAUAUCGUUCAAGAAGGUUCAUCAUUGAAUAGUCUCGGACCUGCCCUCAAUGACGAGAAGCCCAAAGACAAUUCACGUACUUCUGCGCUCGAACGACUGGGGACCAUUUGGAAAGAGACGUUGGACAAUGGUGGAGUACGUGAUAUUGCCAUGUACAUGAUAUACAUUCGUGGUUUGGGUCGGUAUGGUGAUCUAGACAAAGUUCAACAAACAUGGAACGAAUUUAUCAACGAUGAACAAUGUAAAGCGAUUUAUCAUUCUGAAAACGGUGACGAAGCUCCUUGGCCACCUACGGCAAUGCUCAAUCAUGUCAUCUCUGCUUCAUUCUUAAUUCCCAAAAUCGGUCCAAUGGUAGGUCUUAACUUAUUCGACCAAGCUGCGAAACACGAUUCAGCGAUAAAAUGUGAUAUAAUCACUAUCAACACUGUCCUUCGACAUCACGCUCGUAUGGCCGAUAUAGAUUCUAUGACUCAUUUAUUCGAUCUCGCAUCUGAACUAUCACUCAAGCCUGAUAUCGUGACAUAUACCACUCUGAUGCAAGGACUUUUACGUGCCGGUCGAGUAGAUUUAGCUUCAGCAGCAUUGACGGCAAUGCAUAAUCAAGGUGUUGAACCAAACGAAAGAAUGUGUUCUCUUCUAAUCGCCGAUUUAUCCAAGAAUGGUGAUUCUAAAGGUUUAGAAAAAGCAGAACAGUUGUUAUCAGCUAUGAAACAGAAUAAUCUUCGUGUUGGUGUUGAAACUUGGACAGCAUUGGUUUCUGGAUAUUUCAACGGAGGUUGGGAAGCGGAUGGUUGGGAUGCAGUUAGCAGAAUGGAAACAUCAGGGAGAAGGUUUAAUCAAGUUGGUUAUAAUAUGAUUCUAAGACAAGCAGGUUUGAUGGAUGUUCAAAAGAAUACUUGGCCAUUAGGAGGUUGGAGAAGAGGUCAAGAAAGUUUACAAUAUAAAGUAUUCAAGAAAAUGGUGGAUGAUGGUGUUACACCGAAUAACGAUACAUAUGUCAUUACUCUCAUGUCUAUGUUGAAAAUGCGUAGAUGGGCAGAAGCGGAUUAUGUUGAAGAAGUUAUGGAUAGACAAAAGUUUUCAGCGGAGAAAGGGAAUUUAAGAGGUUUGUUAAAGAUGGUAAGGUUGAGAAGGUUUAAGGGGAUAAUGAUGGAAAGAAUUCCGGAUAGUGAUUAUUCGUAG